CAAGCGUAUUACAAUAAUUAUAGCCUAAAACCCUCACCAAGAAAGCAUGACGCUAUCUGUACUAUUGUGAGCCAACCUACCGCCACCAACCUGCGUUUCAUUGGGUGUUACGCACCCCAAGUGGAGUUACGUCGUCUAGGGUUAGUGAAAAAACGCAACACAUGGCUUACAGUAGAGUAGUACAAUAACAAAUCAAUAGACAUUUGUUAUUUAGAGAACUGGGAUAUGAGUGGUCGCGAGCGCAGUAGAAACCGAACCUGGUCGUUGGAUUCGGACCUUGACUCGCGUGCGUCCCAGACAGGGACGCCUGUGAUGGGGACAAUUUGUUUGCUGUGCUGCAAUAACUGCUACAAAACCACUGAAUAAAGGUAAUAAAGUGAUAGACAAAUAGUUUUCUACUACUGUAGUAUUUCUGCCUUCCUAUACCAAGUGGGCAGUUCGUCAGGGGGUCUUGAGGAGGACAAGGAGGUCGCCUCGCAAGCUGUACUGUUCUUCAUCAAUGGUUCGAGGAGAGGUGCAGUGCACCUGUGCUCGAGUAUAGCCGAGAUACUGCGCGAGAAUCAACGUCUGCACAGGACCGUAGAGGUCCAAAGGGCCCGAAUAGAGGAGCUGAUGUGCUCUCUGUCCACUGCUCCGGCUGCUCCCGUGGGUCCCUUAGAUUCCAACAGAUCCCAGACCAACUCCACCUCUCCCUUCUCCUGCCUCCCCUCCGUCUCUCUCGCCGCCUCCUCCCCCUACCUCCCCUCUCCCCCAGCCAGUGUCUCCCCCAGUGUGUCCUCCAUAUACAGCUCUGGGAGGGGCAGCCUGUGCUCUAACACCACACCCCCCUGCCUCCCCCCUCUAUCCUUUAGCACCACACCCCCCUGCCUCCCUCCUCUGGUCCCCCUUCACAACCUCACCCCUCAGAGGAGACAGACAGCAGUUCUGCCCUGUGUGAAAGAGUAUGAGAAGGAGGAUCCAGGAGAAAAGGAGAGGAGAGGAAAGGAAGGCAGGAGAGGAGAUGAGAGGGUGAAGAAGAGAGGGGGAGAAAAGAGACAAGAAGACAACAGACUUACUCUACCCUCUGUAGAAGAAGAUCUGGGAUCACAACCCUUACCCAUCAUGCCUCACUCCUCCCAUAGUGACAGCAAUCCCAGAGAAAGAGUCAGGAGGAGGGAGAAGGGCAACCUGUCGUCUGAGCAGGGUGGACAGACAUCAGACCGAAAACACACGCUGAAGGCUGGACCUCAUUAUCAUACUUCACAAUGGACACAUGAGGAUGUCACAGCCUUUAUGAUGAGCUGUUUUUGUGGUAGUUUGUUUUUUGUCAUUGAUAUUGUUGUUGUUUGUGAGCAGAAAAGAGAGAAUGUCCUAAGGAGAAGUGCCUCAUGUGGACCUCUGAGGGGAGCGAUGGAGGAGACAAAAGAGGAGGAGAGGUGGUGUCUGGCCCCAGACUGUCCUGACUCCUCGUCCACAGUCCAAGCAGCAGGAGGGCUGGACCCCAGGGCAUUAACCACCAGGAAGAAGCACCGCCUGUGUGUGAAUGACCGUGUAGUGCUGGAGAGGAGGAGGAGAGGAGAGGAGAGGAGAAGAGGAGCUGUGAGGUUCAUCGGACCACUGGAAAACACUGAGUCUACAGACAUCUAUAUCGGAGUGGAAUUGGACACAGCCAGUGGAGAAAAUGAAGGCAGUCUCCAUGGUAACAGGUACUUCAGGUGUAAGCCCAACCAUGGAACAUUCACCACCAUCACAGGGAUCAGAAAGCUCUCUCGAUCAUCCCACUCCAAGUCUAGAAGCUCCAAACCUCCAGAGGAGGGUGACUCUAGUGACUCUGGGCCGGGGAGCUCUGCAGUGGCAAUAGGGAGGAGCAGCCAGAGCGUUGGGAGCAGGAACGGGCUCAGAAGGACCUGGAACCAGAUGGACAUUAGAGCUCAGGUCCAUUCAGAGCCAGGAGGACCCAGAGACAAGACUACCGUGGAGAACCCUGGACUGGACUGACAUUACACCAUCACUUACCCCUGGACUGGCCUGACACUCCUCUCCUAAUCCCUCAAUCCACAGCCUUACAUUUUCCCCUUUCUCUCCUGACGAGUGUUUACUCACUAGACAACAUGCUGAAGAAGCCUUCUUCAAUCAUCCAGCAUGUAACUAUAGAGAGGACUUGUUUUAGUAUGGGCAGCACCAUUGAGGACUUCAACUGGGUGGGACCUCUGAUGGGUUAAGGAAGGAUCACAUAAUUCCAUCCAGGUCAUCAGGAGGGAUCAGCCAAUGAAUUAAACUAGUGAGGAAACAUUCCUUAACUCCAGGUGGCAGUAAAUCUCCAACCUUGGCUUUUUACCUGUUCAAACAACACACUCUAGGUGGCAGUAUGCACCCUUUUUGCCAUCUCGUAGAUGAAAGUUGACUAGUUCAAAAUGGAGAUGCUCACAGACGCCAUAAUGGAACGAUGCGAAGUUAUCCAAGUCUAUGGUUGUAACUGACCUCCCAGCCUUUUGACAAAUGGCAUCUGUCUGCCAUGCUUUCAUCAGGUGUGACUGACCACUACGGCAUCUGACCGAUCCAAGUCUUGGAUCAGGAAAAACUUUUCUAGAUAAACGUGUGUUGUCUGUGGGAGACAUUAUGCGCACAAACCAAAGGCGGUGACCUUGGUAGGGCAAUCUUUAUUGCAUAUGAAUGACAGGACCUGACAUUGCCUCCCAUUCAUUCUCGUAUCUGUAUGUAUCAGACAGUGGUGAAACCAGUUUACAUGGUGUUCAACUGCUGUGGCUCCUGUUUAUGGUCUGUUUAACGCUCCAGUCUUCCAAUAUAAACACUUACAUUCAGUACACUACCAAUAUGCUGUAAUAACUCCUUAUGACACCUGUUAUGUCAGUGUUACGCAGGCCUUAUGACAGACUUCAAGUAAAGUGUUAGUGAAGAGAGCCUUCAUCAAACUGCGCUUUUCCUUCAUAUAGAACAGUUUUAUACAACUUUAUAUAUAUGACACAUGGUUUCCAGACUACUAAUAAACAUUGCUGUGGUAAAACAGUUUGACGUUAUUGGAACUCCUGGCAUACAGAAGCAUUAUUCUUCUCACCACAGUGGAGUGUACACUUCAAAGGGCCACUAAAGAGUAGGCUAUACACUUCAGGGCCCUAGAGUGUUCCUGUUCGCACGGGUCUGCACUAUCUGUACCUGAGGUAGCUCAUACAGAUAGAUCUUAACUAAAAGCCACAUCUACAUAGCAGCAAAAUAAAAAAAAAUCCUUUUGUAGCACAAAUGAACAAGGAGACAUGAGAAACCAAGUGGGACUUGCUAAAGCUUUGCAUGUGCUCAACGUUUCACCUGUUAUUUCCCAUCUACAAUAUAAAACGUGAAGGUAGAAUAGACAAUAAAACAGAGUAAGGGAAGGGUACAAUUUCAAAGCAAAGUGGGAAAUAAGAGAAUUAUGUUUCUAGGCGUUUUGUCUUUUAUUCAUUUGAGAACAGGUGCAGACGGGGCACUGCCUAGUGAGAGUUCAGUACAUUGAGUGUGUUUGACCCCCUGUACAGACUGAGAUUGCAGAUAUGUCACUCCUACACAUGAAAUGUACAUUGAAUUUCCUCCAGAUGAUUUGAGUAUUGAAACCUUAAUCUUUACAAUAAAGCUGAUCCUUAUAUGGUUUCAUUGUGUUCUGCUAAACAGACAUCAUUGCCUGAACAGGCCUAACACUCAGCACAUUGUAGAGGGAAGGAUCCACGGAGGACCUAAACUGCCUAAAACCAACUUCUUUCACACAGCCAGAUUAUAUUAAUCCAGGAGUAGAUUUCAUUCUUGAUUCAAGAUCUAAAAACGUGACUUUAUGAACAUAUUAAAUAUGAGCUUCUGUCCGACAGUCUGGGACUGAAGCUUAGCCUUAGUCCAGGACUAUUUCAAGAAGUCAUGUCCAUGAAACCAAAUCAUCUUGAUUAUAAGUGCAAUUUAGUCCAAGGUUUACUGUGAGUCUGGCAAACCAACUGAUCUAUUCUGGGGAUUCAAGCCACAUCCCAAAUCGACCUCUAGCACCAACAUACUGGUGUAGAUCUGAACUGACUGCAGAGGUCUAAGCAAUAUGGAGAACAUUCCACUUGGCCUAUCCAGGCACAAGGUGGAGAUAGUUUAAUGCCUAUCCAAUCCCUUCAGAUCUACAGGAAGUGCCUUCUAUAGUAGAAGCUAGUGGACUAUUUAGGAAUGGACUUCUGAUGGGGAUUCCAAUAAACAACUAACCGUGUUGCUUUUUGUUUACCUCUCCACCAAUAAGAGCCCAGUUCAACAUUAGCAAGGGGUGUGGCCUAGCCCCACUUAAGUCCCCAUGGCAACUGACACAGCAUGUCCAAUGGCAUGCACAAGGGGUAGAGUCUCUCUCUCUCUCUCUCUCUCUCUCUCUCUCUCUCUCUCUCUCUCUCUCUCUCUCUC